AUGGCGCUCCCCUUACUGAGAUGUUGUAGUUGUAGUAGGCCUACAUCAAUUUUGAAUCGUUAUUUCAAAUUAGAUCGCUUUGUGUUCAACCAGAUCCCUACUAAAAGUUUUAAUCCUACCGCUUCUGUUCACCCAUCAAGCGUCCGCCGCUACAGCUCAGGUAGGGGCGGACACAAACAAAAUCAAAAGGUUGUAGUCGUUGGCAUUCCGAACCCUUUCAUAUGGUUCCGAACUCGAAUAUACUAUUUCUUAAUUAGGACUUAUUUUGACAAAGAAUUUAACAUUGAAGAGUUCACCGAAGGUGCAAAGCAGGCGUUUUCACACGUGUCAAGAUUGUUGUCUCAGUGCCAGUUUGAUGCACUUGAAGGUCUGGUUGCCAAAGACCUGAUUGGUAAACUGGAGGAGAAGUGUUCCCAGCUGCCUUUGAGCCACAAGAGGGCGCUGUCAGCAGGCCCAGAUGAGAUCAUGUACACAACCCCUGGGGAUGUUGGAAUCUAUUAUGACGACAGUGGAAGGAAGUUUGUCAGCAUCCUUAUGCGGUUCUGGUACCUGACCAGUGCAAGACUUCCCGACGACAGCUUGGAGGGGACUCGUGUGUUCCAGGUGCAGAUCGGUGGAGAGGGAGAGGCUGAGACCAAGAGAUUACUCACAGCCAAUUACGAAUUCCAAAGAGAGUUUACCCAGGGUGUCCCUCCAGAUUGGACCAUCACUAGAAUAGAGCACUCCAAGCUGCUUGACUGAAGCACAAGGAAGUUGUCGUCUGAGUGACUGUCUAGUCACUGCCCCCCCCUUUUUUUAACUCUUUAAUCAUCUUACAAGAACAUAACCAUGACUGUCUGAAGGGCUGGCCAUAUUAUGUCAAGUCCUCGCUGGAGAGAAUCAUGGGAAAUGUAGUGCCAAUGUUAGCAUCCAUCAGACCACACACAAAAUCAGAAAAUAAAACAAACAAAGCAAAAUAAUUUCUCAACAGGCACAAAUAGGACAUUCUGGUUCUGGAGUUAGGUAUGUCCCAGUGCGUUUGGCUUUUCAUGACCACCUCUUCCUUCUCAGUCCUGGAUAAAUGUUUGAGUUGGAGGAGGCAGAAAUUGUGCUUUCGUUGUGCACUAUCAGAGAGUUGAGGGGUGUGAAUUAGUCAAAGAGACGCUUCUGCUGGAAUCUGUAAAUUAGUCUUAGGCCUGAUGUGUAGCUUUCUUCCUUUUUUGUGGAGUCUAAUAGUGUGGUCUGUAUGUGAAAAUCAAAAUCAGAUUUGAGAUUAAUUUCCAAUCACUCAAUGUCAGAUCCUCAGUUACUCUUUACUGACGUUCUUCCGAAUCCCAAACAUACAUAUGAAAACAUUCAAAUAAACGUCUCUGACCUCCGCUUAAUUAGUCGGACAGAGGCAAACCGCUUCAUAAACAAUGCACAGCGUGGGUGUGUGACAUGAGCUGUGCACAAAUUUUCAUUAAUGUGUCUGUCUGAAAUUGAAAUCAGACAUUAUAUGACUGUACAUGAGUUACACUGUAAAUUUAGCUCACAAAGUUAUGAAAUACUGCUAUAUGCAGAUGUGGUUCUCUUUCAUGAGUCGUGAAUAGCUUACGGUUAUGUUUUGAGGCAGUAUUUCCCAAUCUUGCGGCCGUGGGCCCCCAUAGCCCAGUGCAUUUAACUCUCUCCCUUGUUGUAACACACCUUGCGCCAAGAAUGAAGGGCAUGAUCAUUAGCUGAUGAGUUGAGCCGGGAGUGUUACAGCCGGGAACGAGUUAAAAACGCCCGGGGGGGGGGGGGGGCUGAGGCUCCGCUACAGAGCUACACGCGGACACUUCACAAGAGACUUCAAAGCCCCUUGAAAAGCCGGGAAUACAUGUUUGCCAUUUCUUCCAUGCGCCUCUGAAGUACACAUGUUGCUAAAUAUAAACUCUCCCAGCAACUUGUCAUGAGUUUCUGUUUGUAACUGACAGUUUGUUUGGAUUUUACUCCGGGGAGCGUUUGAAUCUAAAAGCGUGCCUGUCAUGAACCCAUGUACAACGGGAUUAUCUUUGUGUGUCUGUGGCAGCUGUCAGUGGCAGUAUAUGAAACUGUGACUGAAAUACAUUUGUC